AUGUCGGACGAGGAGUACGAGCAGUUGUUGAGGCAGCAGGAUGAGCAGUAUAAGUUGUUCAGUGAGAAGGCGAAGCGAAGGAUCGCGAAGAAGGGACCGAUGGAGGGGGACGUGAAGGGGACGAGCGAGUACGUGAGCACGCAGAGCUUGGGGGCGCCGGUGGACGAGGAGCCGAAUUGGAAGGCUUACGAGGAGAUGACGUUGCAAGAUUUCUGCGGCGCGGUGGAUAAGGGGGAGGUGAAGUCGUUUCAGGUGUGGGACCCGCCGCAGUUUGGAUGGUUUCCCCCGAAGGAGCUUCGGAAGAUACCGCGCGCGAGGCACUACUUGGUGACGAUGAAGGGGAGCGAGGGUAAGAAGUAUUACGUCGACACCUUGAAUCAGGCGUUGGACCGCGCGGCGUUGGAUAAGUGCGAUCGUAUGGGUGCGUGGUACACGUAUCAUCAAAAAUGGAAACCCUCGUCGUACUCUGGGAUGGAGUUUUUGGCGUACUCCCUCGGCGGUUUGGCGUUCAUGAUUGGAUCAAUUUAUUUAGGCAUCGUGCGCAAGACGUCCGUACCGCAGGAUCAGUUCCAGGCGAUGCAGUUUGCGCAAUCGCGAGCUGGUGCGCGCCGCGAUGGCACUGUGAACGUAACCCUGGAAGACGUCGGCGGUUUGGAGAACAUCAUUGAGGACUUGGAAGAGGUUGUGGCGUUCCUGAAGGAACCCGAGAGGUUUUCCAAAGUCGGAGCCAGACCGCCUAAAGGUUUGCUCAUGGAGGGCGGUCCGGGCGUUGGUAAGACGCUCAUCGCAAAAGCGAUCGCGGGCGAGGCUAAAGUGCCGUUCUACUCCAUGUCUGGUUCUGAGUUUGUCGAAAUCAUCGUCGGUGUUGGCGCUGCGCGAGUGAGAGAUUUGUUCAAGCGUGCUCGAAUCAACGCUCCUUGCCUGAUUUUUGUGGAUGAAAUCGAUGCGCUCGGCAUGAAGCGAGCCGCGGCCGGCACGCGCGGUACGGAGGAGCACGAACAGACGUUGAACCAGCUUCUUACUGAGAUGGAUGGUUUCACCCCUGACACUGGCGUCGUGUUCAUUGGCGCCACGAACAGAGCUGAUUUGCUCGACCCGGCGCUGUUGCGCCCAGGUCGUUUCGAUCGCAAGGUCCGAGUCGGACUUCCCAACGUCGAGGCGCGAGCGAAAAUUUUGCAGAUUCAUUUGUCGAAGCGGAACUGCAACCCAGAGAUCGACACGAAGCGUUUAGCGCAGAACCUCCCCGGGUUGUCAGGCGCCGAGAUUGCGAAUAUUUGCAACGAGGCCGCAGUGCACUGCGUGCGAAGAAACGGUGAGCAGAUCGAAGAAUUCGACGUUCUCAACGCCGUCGAGCGUGUUGUGAGUGGUAUUCGCCUCUCACCGCAUCCGAAGGAUGCUCCGUUGACGCGCAAGCUCGCCGCGCACGAAGUUGGUCAUGCACUUGUGCAAAACUUGCUCCACAAGAGUACGGGUCUGAUUGAAAACAUUGAGCUCAUCUCGAUUAUUCCGCGAGGAUUUGAGCCGACUAUCACGUUGAUUCAGCGAAAACGCGACGAAGAAUACCAGUAUCCGACGCGUGCGCGAUACUGUGAGCGCGUGCAAGUGUUGCUCGCGGGGCGCACGUGUGAAAAGGUUCUCUUUGGAGAGACAACAACGAGAGGGACGGAGGAUAUUGUCGAGGCGAAUGAUUUGCUCCGAAACAUGAUAGUAAACUUUGGAUUGGGGCAGCCUGGGAUGAUGACGACGUACACGCACGACCCGACGGUGUUGAACCGCUCGGAGAAGCGCGUUGCUCGAUUGCAGGGCGUUGUGUCUAAAUCUGGAGAGAUCAACCGCCUGGAUGACUUGCGCGUCAUCGCCGGUCCGAUUCGCGCCGCAACGCCGGAUCACUAUCAGUAUGCCGAGCGAAAGAUGGUACAAAUCUUAAACGAAGCGGAAGAUAAUUGCGAGGCGAUCGUCAAAGCGCACGUGAACGCGAUCAACACCAUGAUCGAUCGCUUGAUUGAGCAAGAGACGCUGUCGCUGGAGGAGUUUGAGGAAAUCUUGGCGGCGAACCCACCCACGGGUGAUUACCCGACGGUGGGUCCGGACACUCCGGUGAAGAUCCUCCCCACAGAGGCCGAAGAAGACGCCGCCGGUGUGCGCAAAAUCAAGAACAGGCGGGAUAAGAUCAAGGCUGCUUCGAAAUUUUACAACAUCGAUGUUUCGGCUGGCGAGUUGAAGCUUCGCGAUCCAGAGACGUGGAACAAGAUUCCGACGAGUCUCGAGGAGUACGUGUAUCCAUACGGAUCCCAAACGAACGUUGGAUGGUUGCACGAAGUCGCCCCGCGUCAGAGCUACAGCCAUCUCGCGGUGAAAGAGAAAGAGCAAGAAGAUCCGAAAUGGCGCACGAACGAAAUCAUUCGCGUGACGAAGAUCGCAGAUGACGACCGAGCUGAAGAGUUGAGAGGGAUCGUGAAGACGCUCGAGGAGCGCCGGACCGCGGGUGAGGAACUGAGCGCGUUCGAAGAACGUCGUAUCUUGGUUAGCAACGCCGAGCUCGAGCACUUGGCGGAGAAGUGGUCUGGUGAGGGAUGGACGCCAGCUCCGGAGUCGCUUCGUUGGGGCAUGCGCUACGAGGAGGAUGCAGAAUUGGCAAAGAAGGAGCUGGAGUACUGGUCCGAGUUUCCGAAGAGCUACCAGUCGCGCCUGUACCGUCUCGGUCGAGCCAUCGAUCGCGUGACGGCUCCCAAAGACGCUCGCGAAUGA